UCAGUGAGGUUUACGGUCCCCGGAAACAGCGGCAGAGUGAGACCUCUUCGCUGCUGCCUCCUCUCUGCUCAGUGUUUUAGGAAACGUGGCCUUAAGGAGACUAACAGCAGCUGCAGCUGUAGAUGAAUGAGAAACACACAGCAGCUUCCACCACCACCCGUCUGUCAGUCUCUGCCGCCGCUCCAGCACUGCCCGCGGCCCGCCACUGAAGCCCGUUUCUGAACCAUGUCCGAGGCAGAGCUAGUCCAGGCCUCGGCCCCAGAGGCCGCCGCCGCCGCUAUCCUGAACGCCACGGACUCCAACGGGACCGAGGCGCUCAACGCUACGGCUAAAUUCGUGGCCAGUCCGGAGGGCACCGCGCUGGCAUAUGGCAGCCUGGUGUUCAUGGCGCUGCUUCCCAUCUUCUUCGGAGCCCUGCGGUCCGUCACCUGCUCCAAAUCUAAGGAGCUUGGAGAAAAUGAUUACGAUUCUGGGUUCAGAAAUGCAUCAGACAUGCCAGAAACGAUCACCAGUCGAGACGCAGCCAGGUUUCCCAUCAUCGCCAGCUGCACUCUGUUUGGGCUCUACCUUUUCUUCAAGGUAUUUUCUCAAGAGUACAUCAACAUGCUGCUGUCUGUCUACUUCUUCGGCCUGGGCGUCCUGGCUCUGUCUCACACCAUGAGUCCUCUGAUGUCCAGAAUCUUUCCACAUUCUUUCUCCAACAAACAGUACCAGCUGCUCUUCACUCAGGGCGCCGAAGAGUCCAAAGAAGAAAUAGUCAACUAUGAGUUUGACACAAAGAACCUGGUGUGUCUGGUCAUCAGCAGCUUGGUGGGAGUCUGGUACCUGCUCAAAAAGCACUGGAUAGCCAAUAACGUGUUUGGCCUGGCGUUUGCCCUGAAUGGAGUUGAGCUGCUCCACCUGAACAACGUCAGUACCGGCUGCAUCCUGCUGGGGGGGCUGUUCGUCUACGACGUGUUCUGGGUGUUUGGGACCAACGUCAUGGUAACCGUCGCCAAGUCCUUUGAAGCACCAAUCAAAUUGGUGUUUCCUCAGGACUUGCUGGAGAGAGGACUUGACGCCAGUAACUUUGCCAUGCUGGGUCUGGGGGACAUCGUCAUCCCAGGUAUCUUCAUCGCCCUGCUGCUGCGCUUUGACGUCAGCCUGAAGAGGAACAGCAGAACAUAUUUCUACUCUAGUUUCCUGGCCUACAUCUUCGGACUGGGUCUCACCAUCUUCGUCAUGCACACCUUCAAACACGCACAGCCCGCUCUGCUCUACCUGGUCCCAGCCUGCAUCGGCUUCCCCGUCAUCGUAGCGCUGAUCAGAGGAGAGUUCACGGAGCUGUUCAGUUACGAGGAGACCCCUCCUGAGGACACGGAGGCUAAAGAAGACGACUCGGAAUCAGAGAAGAAGGACCAAUAGCAUCCAUCGCUGCCCCCCCCCCCCCCCCCCCCCCCAAACACUUCUCAUCCAGCCCGCUCCCACCUCUCCAGCUUCCUGUUCGUCACAGGGGGAAACGGGGCUCACGUAGCCAGCGUUGUUUGUCUCUGGUAACCGUGGAAGCGGCCGCUGGUCCCCGUGGUAACGGCUGCUGUCGUGCUACCUGUGGUGGUGUUUGUAAUUUAAAGGUCGUUGCGUUACGACAGACCUGCCGUGAUUCCUCUCUCUGUCUCUCAGCUGCCCUCGCACAGGAACACAAGUCCUCCGCGGCUUUCUCCCAAAAACACCCACAGAGUGUCCUCUUGGUUUUAUUGUAUGUUCAUAGUCUGCAUGUGAAGCAGCCGCAGCAUCACCACAUCUGACCUCCUCGUGUGUUUGCAGCUUGUCGGCUCAGAUAGAUCAGGAAACUAAACUUCCACUGUUUCGAAAGAGCGUUCGGUCUUCAAACGGCCUCAACAGUGGACAAACUCAGCCAGUGAAAUAAGUGCUUCUGUCGUUUUCUUCUUCUUUUAAAGCCUUCAAACAAAGAACCACGAUUCUCCUUCAUUUGAAUAAUCCAGGUGUAACUUCUCCAAUCGACACCACUCCUCCUCCUGUCAAUCAUGCAGGUGUGUGUGGUUCUUUGUCUCUGGGUUUAUUUCUCAUUCUGCCUUCUGCUUUCUCACAUCAGUGUUUUCUGUUGGUUCGGUUCAGUUUUUUUGUUAAAGGCCAGAUUUUUAAGAUGAAAUCCAGUUAGAAGUUUUUGAUUGUAUCCAGUUAUUUGAUCUUUUGUCAAAGCUGUACUGUACGUAGAGAUCGGUUCUCUAUCCCAGCUGCCUGCCAGGAAAUAAUUCCCACUGAUUUGUCCUGUGGGGCUAAUAUGUCCUCUUUAAACCUGCAGUGACCAUUUGCAGCUUUACGUCACAUUCAGUGAUGGAGGUCAUUUUAUUAUCAGUCAGUCUUUGUUGUGUUAUUUGCUCUUUUUUUUGUUUUAAGUUUUCUUUUCUUACACUUAAAGCCGAGCAACUAAUCGUUCCCUUAUUGUAAACACAUUUGAUGUUCAGAUCCAAACCAAUAAAGUGUUGCUACAUACAUCUUAAACACCUCACGGAUAUAUAGUUAGUUUCAUUUAGUUAAAGCCUCAGUAACUUCCUAAAGCAGCUGGUCGCUGUAGCCUUUAACGCACAUUAUAGGCUGAAAUGUAUUCGAUUUUAUUUUCCUUGUCCUUUCUUCCUUCCUGGAAGACUUUGGUUCCAAUUCAUGAUGGUUUGAAAACACGGUUAUGGUUCAUUUGUCCAGAACAUGUGUUGUGCUCUAAAUAGUAAGUGUUAUACAUGACCUUUGUGAAUGUUUUAGAGCAUGCACGCUAAUUCAGCUGUAGUUGCGAACCAAAGGGACAAAAUGUUUCCCCCACACUCGGCUACUUUUUCUUAGUCUGCAGAGUUUACUUCAUUAUUUAACCAGAAGAAAUGUAAGUAAAACAAUCUGCACUUUUGUCUUAAAGUUCUGGCCUGAGAGAUGAACGUGAGGAGUAAAGGGAGGAGGAGGGAAACUGAACCUCCUCUGCUGAAUACUUCCAGUCCUCGUUCUCUGAUCUUAUAGGUGGAGAGGCUGCGAGGGGCGGGGCCCCGUGGCCUCCUCAUCCUAUAAGCGGUUAGAAUGAGCCGAGGAGACGGGAGCGUAGGUGUUUUUCCACAAGCAUUCUCAGUUAUGAUAGACAUCUGACAAAAGAAGACAUUAUACCAAACGAUUUAUUCAUCAACACAUUCUUCUUUUUGUGUUCCUUGUUUUAGAAAGCCAUGAUUUCAUCAGAGACACUUUGAGUUCAACAUCCGAUCUGAGACUCCAUGAGUUCUAAAAUGUUAGUAACAAAAGAUCUGCUACAGUCGACACUUUGUCGGACAUGACAAACAUCUCUGGACUGAGUCGAGCAGCAGCUGAUGUUUGUCUUCAUGCAGAUGUUCAAGCAUCACUUUUGCUUUUAUGUCUAAAAGAUUGUUGGUAUUAAAGGGCUUCUUCAGCAAUUUAAUAUCAAACUUCCGUAACGUUAAGAGACGCAUAAAAACAAAUGGUUAAAAAUAACAUGAGAAGAGAUGAUCUAUAAAAGACUCUUUAAACGUCAGUAGACUUCUCUUUCAACAUUCUUCUGACUUCAUCACAGAACUCAAUGUGUACUACUUUUUAUUAAUUGGACAGUUAUUAUUUAAUGGCAUUGGGAGAAGCAUUUUUUAUUUAAUUUAAAGUCUUUCCUCCAGGACACCACGUGGUAGUCACAAAGAUUUGGUGUGUUUUUAAUUUUGAUGUCUUGCUCACAUUUUGAAAAUGUAAAGCAGAUGUUUAAGUUUCUGGAUGCUUGAGGAAAGCUGCUCUGACGGUUCAGCCUCACAUUGUUAUUCUCGAUGUUGUUGCUUUAUUAAGAGAUGCACAGUUUUGUAUUUUGAUGUAAACCAUUAAAAUAAAUAGACGUAUCAUGCUCAUAUUCAGCUCUGUGACGUUCAGUAGCCUCUCACCAUUUUAAAUAUAAUGUACCUGAAAUGUUUUUCUUUCUUUUUCUCUCUGGUUGCGUUUGUGCAGGAGGUCAUUUUACGGCCCAAACUGUAUCUGUUUUAUUUGCAAUAAAAGUUUUGAUCACCGUAUAGAGAAGCAUAA